AUGUAUCCAGCUAUUGUAGAUAAACUUGGAUGUUUAUUUGCUAAGGGUGGAACAUAUAGGGGAGUAGGAAAUGUAGCUAAUUCAGUAGCUGAAUUCAAUGUAUAAACAGAUGUAGAAGCUACAGCAGCAGUAGCUAUGGGAAAGUUUAAAUAAAAGAUGUUAUUGCAAUUUGAUGUUGUUUUAGCUUACACUUUAAUAAAUAAAAUGGAAAAGUCAUUUUUGAGAAUGAAGCUAAUACAAAGAAAUCUCAAUUUGUUGAAAGUAUUUUCAAAGCUGUAAGUCAUGAUGGAAACUACAUCCUUUUUGAUUGUAUAUUCAUUUACAAUAUCUAUUAUAGAAUUGGCUGUAAUGGUAGCAUUAGUACCAAGUUUGAUAGUUUAUUCUAUAUAAAAGAAUAUAUCUAUUGUCUCUGAUGGAUAGGCAAGAGGAUAAGUUAUCAUAGAUUGGUUAACAUUGCUAAGAUGUAAUCAAAAAUCAAUAGUAAGUAUUCUAACAGCUUUUGAAUGGGAUUCUGUUAUUGAAAUAGCUACUAAAGCUAAUUAAGAUCAAUAAUGA